CCAUGACAUCACCGACAGUUUACAAACAUGUCGGAAGGAGACCAAAUGGCUAAUGUAGUCGAUGUGUUAAUGUCCUCGUCCAUUUCACGGCAGGUCGCAUGUGUUUUACUGUUCAUUUCUUUGGCUCACACUCAAAACAUCGUCGUUUUCCAGCCGUCAUAUCUGACUGCAAGUGGACCAACGGUGACUGCACUUCUGCUGGGAAACACGUCGGACAUCUCCCUGAAUCUGAGGGCUGUAUCUCCGUCCAAUAAAACAGGAAGCAUUGGCUCUCCAUCGUGUGUAGCUGAGGAAACACAGUGGGUGCUCACAAGGGAGCAGCUGGGAAAGACUGCAGUUCGAGUUCAGCUGAAACUGGGUAAAAGCCUGCGUUUGUGUGGUGAGAAUGAGACAGACACAGACUGCUGUCCAAAGCCACUGUGUGUCGUGGAGACCCUUCAGGUGUCUGCCUGUGUGGGCAGCAUACCUCAGGCAUCGCUCCUGAUCCAGGCCAACAUAUAUGCCCUGUUGGUGCCUGCCAGUGCUGGAUCUGAUAAUAAAACAGUUAUUCCAAACCAAGUGUACCAGACACUGGGCUCUUGUCCCUGUGACCUCACGUUCAGAUCAUGUGAUGUACGCUGCUGCUGUGAUAAGGACUGUUCCCCUGAAGAGCUGAAGCUGUUUGUGUCCGACUGUCUCCCGGGGCCCUUUGGUGGACAUGUUUCUCCUGCCCCAGAGUAUCAGUGCUCUGUGCAGUCUUCUAAAAACUCCCCUGACUGGUUUCCAUUUUUAUGUGUCAAUUCUCCAACUGAAAACAACCCUUACCUCGGGCUCUUUUACCAGGGAAAAACAAUUACAUCUAAGCCUGGCCCAUCCUUCCAAAGGACUGCUUUAUCAGCUCCAGAGCCAGUUGAUGUUUAUAUUGAAGGAAGUCCUAUUUUAACAUUAAAUGACCAGUACUUCACUAUUCCCCAGAAGGUGCUCGGGCGGUGUGUAAACAGUGCUCCUGUCGCAUUUCUGAAAAACUUCCAAGUUGAGUGUGUAACUCUGCUACGCUCUUGUCCAACUGGACCUCCCUUACAAUCGCUACCAACAGAUUUGAGGCUUAAAGUGAAGAAUGGGCUAGGGGGUGAUGUUACAGUUGAUGUAAUUGACGAAGAGGCCAUUGACCUGGGUCUGUUUAUUUCAAGCUCAGAUGCUGUUGCUUCUUCAGAUGAGAGCCUGGUAUGUGACAACGUGACCGUAGCACUGGAUUACAAAGUCUACUGGAGAGGAAAUGGCAUCACAAACAUCACACUAACACGCACUGUUGGAACCAUCACUUUAAAUAAUAGCGGGGCGUUAAUUACAAGGUAUUCUGCCAUGUUCCUAAAUGGAGAAUUCAUGGGCGAGUCCAACUCUGGGAACCCAGGUUAUCAGGUGGGGAGGCCUGUUAUUGCUGGAACUGUGGACACUUUGGACAAUAAUACAGGCUCAAUACAAAGGACAUCAGUCAAUCUUUGGAAACCAGUGAGCGAUGGAUUAUGUGCCACUGCUGAGAAGAAACUCGUUCUGUUUGGGGAGAAUUCAACAUCAGGAUGUCUUUUACCCAUCAGCCAACAGAAUCUGACUAAUUGUAGUCUCCUGAGAGAGACUGUUAUGUCUCUCCAGGCAGCUCUGAAUACAGCGACAUAUGUGGCAAAGAGUGGAAACCCUGAUCCUCUAACUGUGACAGACUGGUUAAACAUAAGCUUUGUGACACUGAAUUCAAGCACAGCUAUGGAAGACACUGCAGGUUCAUGCUAUGGGGUUCCAUCCCACCAGCAUAUCCAUGUUCGGAGUCUUAUCACUGGCCUGGUAGAUGGCGUACCCCAGAGGGAUAUCCGUGCUUUGCAAGUCAGCUACAGCCUGUCUCCCUGGGCACUGGAUUGUGGAGGAGGUGAUGUCUCUCCAUGUGUCGACCCAAUGGAGACUCAGUUGUUCCCCAUCACCUCCUCAGUCACCUUUACUGACAUUCCUAUCAACACAGGAUCACCAAAAACCAGGUUUCAGAUCAACUUCACAGAGUAUGACUGUAGCAGGAAUGAUGUGUGCUGGCCUGAGCUUGCCUUCCCAAUCACCAAGUACUACACAGGUGAGCCAUAUUCUCAGUCACUGGCUAAGGGUCUCAUCUUGGUUUUCUUCUUUAUCACUGCCUCGAUUCUCGGGACUCCAUGGAGACAAAUCCGACAGGCGUGGAGCUGUUUCUCUCUCUAAACUACUGGCAGACAAACAGAUGGGGGGGGAUAAAGACUUUGUAUUUAAAUGUCACUGAAAUGUAAUUACACCUUUUGUCCAUUAGACAUUGUUGAUAAUAAUAUAGUUUUUACAUGUUUAUAAUAUGUUUGUGAGGAUGUAAAUAGUAUUGCACCGUUUUGUAAUAAAGA